UUCCACUGCCCCGCGUCUGAGGCUUGAAGCCUGUGGUGGAGUAGAGCGACCCGAAGAGAGGGACUCGAGCACAUGGGGUUGCAGCCGUGCUAUCUGUGAUAGCCCUACAGUGGAAGCAGCCCAGAUGCCUGCAGUCAGUGUUGGUGAACAAAACGUGGUGUCCACACCAUGGCAUGUUAUUGAGCCGUGAAAAGGAGGGAGGUAUUGAGCGCUCCAGAGACCAGGCAAGAUGGGGAAUGCCAAGAGCCUGUCGGGCCAGAAAAUGUGCUCGAAGUUCCUGCCCGAGGAGCAGGCCGAGGUGGACAGGCUGUUUGAUGUCCUGUCAUCUAAUAAAGGUGGCUCAGCAACGGGGACAUUCUCUCUGGAGGCACUGAAGAGCCAUGUCAAGGAGGCUCUUCCUGCAGUGAUGGUCACCAGACUAUAUAACGGCAUGUGGAGGGUCAAGCCGACCCACAAGGCACAUGAGGGCUGCAGGAAUGUUUCCCGGGAGCAGUUCACAGUGUUCCUGUCCCACCUGUUAAAGGGGAGCUUCGAGGAGAAGGGCCGUAUGGUUAUGAAAAUGAUCUUGGCUGCAGAGGGUCCUGUGAAGGCCAGAGAAGUCCAGGAGUUCACAGAGGAACUGGUCACCUCUCUGGUACAUGUGCUGACCCACCGGCAUGAGCUUCGAGGCUGGACCCGGAGGAACUCCACUGUGUCCCCCACCAGUGUGCAGGUGAUGACUGCCCAGCUGCUCUCAGAGAUGAAGUUUCAAGAUGGCCACAAGUUUCUGGGGCCUCGGUGCCUGGACCAGAUCUGCGACCAAACCGUGAUUGAGGACUGGGUGUUCCAUGUCCCUCACGUGGGCAUAUUUCUGAGUGUGGUCAUCCAUCGGGGCCUUCACCUCCUGAACUCAUGCCUUGACCUUUCGACGCUGAUCCCUGAGUGCCACACGGACCCAGGGCAGCAGUUUGAGAGCAUUCUGGAUGUGCUCUCUGUCAUCUACCUCAACUCCCACCUGGCCGUAGAGCAGCGGCACUGCUGGCGCCUGCUCUUCUCCACACAACUCCACGGACAGAGCUUUUCCCAGCUGUGCAGUCACAUCACACACCAGGGGCCCUGCCUGCUGGUCCUCGAGGACAGCGACGGCUAUGUCUUUGGUGGCUUUGCCUCCUGUUCUUGGGAGGUCAAGCCUCAGUUUCAAGGGGACAACAAAUGUUUCCUGUUCUCCAUCAUACCCAGCAUGGCCAUGUACAUGCACACGGGUUACAAUGACCACUUCAUGUACUUGAAUCAAGGACAGCAGACCAUGCCCAAUGGACUGGGCAUGGGCGGGCAGCACCAUUAUUUUGGGCUUUGGGUGGCUGCCGACUUUGGGAAAGGACACAGCAAAGCCAAGCCCACAUGCACCACCUACAACAGCCCACAACUGUCCGCCCAGGAGGACUUCCAGUUUGAUAAGAUGGAGGUGUGGGGGCUCGGCGAUCUCUUAGAGACAUAUUCGGCGAAGAACAAGAAGAGCAUCCUUGACUCGAAUCCCACAGCCCAAUCCCUGUUGGAGAUCAGUGGACAGGCUCGUCACAGUGAGGGACUUCGGGAAGUCCCUGAUGAUGAUGACUGAGGCUCCUGAACCAUGCACUUCCUGGAGCAAGGGCUGGACUCCCCCCAGGGAUGCACAGUGUCCAGAUUCCUCACUGCUGGGUAGGCAGAGCCCCUCAGACCCUCUGCCAUGACUCUGGAUUAGCUUUAAUACACAGCCACAUGGCCACCUCCAGGCCAUCAUGGAUGUACUUAAUCAGAACACAGCCAUGCCAAGAGAAACCCCUCUGAAGCCAUAAUUGAUGGGGGUUGCCUCCCUGGAUCCUUGAGCAUAGGUUAGAACUUUGGCCUUAUACUUUGUUCAUUUUAUGUCAGUGGAAUCCAAAGACAAAGAGGCUUGAAACUUGCUGGAACUGGUGAUUGUUGGGGGCAUGUAUUCUUGCCUCAGGAGGAGGCUGUGUGUGGCCUUUGCUCUGGAUCCCUGUGAGUGCCCUGAUGGCCCAUUGUGAGUGGAAAGACGGAGGUGCUCAGAUGAGCAUCUUGUUACUUUGGAAGAAUACCCCCACCCCCAGCAUGGAAUUUCUGGGUUUGUAGCUAAAGAUCUGAAGGUAAUGUUUCUGAGGGAAGGAUUUCUCUGAACAGGUUUGUGUUGGGGGUUCCCAUAUAGCUUUUCCAACACUUUAAAUGAGUCUGAUGGGCAAAUGGGAAAACUUGACCUAUCUGCCCAGAGACCAAGCCAUUACAGUGCUGCUAACUCAAAUAUGGGGGCGUUUGGAGAGAGUUGAAGUCUCUUCAAUGGAUGCAUGAGACCCAUCCCUGGAGUCAGUGGUGGGUGAUGUCCAGUGUUGACUGGGCGUGGCAGCCUCCAGCUACCUUCUCUGAGGUCACAGGGCAUCUCAGAAAGAUGAUGAGUGAUGGGACAGUGCAGAUGUACUUUAGGCAGACCCCAGUUGUCCCAGAAGACUGAAAAGUACUCAGAUUGACAGGCUGCCCAUCACACUGAGUUAUUGUCACCCACUCAGAGGAGCCAUGGGCCCCUCUCUGAGGCUCCUACCUCGUCUCAUUGCCUUUUGCUGUAAACUGCAACCUUUAUCUGAUCUGAUCUGAUCUGAUAAAGGUUCUACCUUUGAUUGUACAGUUUGCCUCCAUUAAAAGCCAUGGUAAAGCCGGA